AUGUCAUCACAAGAGCAAGACGAACUACCUCCAGUGCUUACUACAUCAGUCCACGAUGUUCGGUACUUUGCCGCCCUCCUACGAGGCGUGCAUUUUGCCAAUAUGGCUACGAUUACAAUAACAAAGCGAGGACUAACUGUGACCGUCGAGGAAGCUCGUACGCUACUCGGAACGGCAUUCAUCUUUGCUGAUGUAUUCGACGAAUACGCCUAUCACUCCGAGGCUGAACAGGGUCGAGUCAGGAACGAUGGAGAAAACAACGAAACCCGACGGCAAUGCGACGAAUUCGACGAAGAUGAAGAAGACAAUGAUAACAACGCAGCGUUCCAAGUCCACCUCAACAUCCUCAUCGAGUGUUUGAACAUAUUCGGAACAGCAGGGCCUGUGGCUGCUCCUAUCACUUCUAGCGCUACGAACUUUAAGAAGUGGCGGAGGGAUGAAGAUGAGGGGGAUGAUAAUCACGAAGGUGGGAGGCGAGGAGGUGGUGAUAACAGGAGACUCGAAGCCUACUUGGGUGGACCGGAGAAACGCACUAGCAUGCGCCUGUCAUAUCCAGGGAAUGGGUACCCUUUGACCUUACUCAUUGCGGAAGACGCAUCGGGUCCAACGACGACUUGCGAAAUCACGACUUACGAUCCUGAACCUCACCUGGAUCUCGAUUUUGAUAACGAUAGACUGUACGUCGCCGUUCCUUGCCUUUCGUUCGACGCUUGUAGCUCAGUUACCUUCCUCUAUUUCCAAAGCGUCUUAAAGAUCAUCCUCAAGUCUUCCUGGCUUCGAGACGCGCUAUCAGAGCUCGAUCCUUCAUGCGAAAAGUUGACUUUCAUAGGGAACCCGCCCAUUGAGGGCACCAGUGGCGCAGAUGGCGCUGGUAAGAGAGCACAGAAGAAACCACGAGCACCUUCGGCUCCCCUGUUCCGGAUUCAAGCAGAUGGAACGUUUGGAAGCACAGAGAUGGAUUAUCCGAACGAUCGAGAGGUGUUGGAAACCUUUGAGUGCACGCAGACUGUGCAAUUUACGUACCGGUUCGGCCACAUCUUGAAAACGCUGCGGGCGUUGUCGAGCUCUACGAAGACCUCACUGAGAAUCGACGAAGACGGAUUGUUGAGUUUGCAGUUCCUCAUGCCCUCGCCGAAACCUAAAGAUGCCAUGGAUGCUUUCAUUGAAUUUCGGGUAUACCUUCUUUUCCUCUUCUACAUUCCUCUUGCUGAGCAGAGCUUUCCAGUGCCUGGCUUUGGACGGCUCAUAAUUCUCACUCAUUCCCAACAUGAAACUCGACCCUCGACAAACUAG